GCAAACGUGCCUAACAUCCAGCGUGUAGAGGGCCCGGCUAUCGCGGUUUUUCUGUCUCGAUGAAAGCAAAGCAAACUCUUGCUGAAUGUUUCUGUAAAUGCUUUAAUAAACCCUCACUUUUUGCAGACUACGUGCAAAACCUAUGCUAUAUCUCUUCUGUGGAUAACCAGAAACUGUCUGCAUCCAAGCAUAUUUCACCACCACCUUUCGUGAGCAUUAGUCUCAUGUGGCAAACAAUUAAAACAUCUUGUAACGCCUAUGAUUUAUGCAUCUUCUUUACAGAAAUGGUUGUUGCUUUGGAAGUGUGACUGAUUUCCAAUGACAGAAUGACUAAAAUAAAGAUCAAAGAGUCAAAAGCUUCAACAAGCAUUCCUACAGCUAACCCUGAGAAUCUAAAAAAGCAGCACAGAAAGAAGAAGAGAAAAAUAUUAUGGAAAAACAAAGUCAAGCAUGUGGGAAAGAAAAAAGAGGACACCAAAGCUAUGAGAGUACUGCCCCCCAAAGCUCCUCAGGAGUUCUCCUCUAACUGGAAGACCUUGCAAGAGCUGCUGAAGCAAAAGGCCACCAGCUUCGAUAAGUCCCUUCCUGUAACCCAGACAUAUUCCAAGAAUCACACAAGCAAAAAGGAAAACGUCAAAGGAAUUCCAGCAAUAAGUGGAGGUGGGAAAAUGGGAAAAUUCAAAUCUGUAAACAAGAUGGACUGUGAUCCUGCCCAAACUUCUGUUCCUUUGGCUACUCUGAAAUCAGAGAGAACUGCAACUGACAAGAAUUCAACUGAGGGCAAGGGAAACAGCAAGGAGCACAAGAAAAGAAAAAACAGUGAUAUCGAGAAGGAACAAGCUGACAUAAAACAUAAGAGGAGGAAAUCUGAAGAGCACAUGGAGCAACAUUUAGAGGCUGAUAUCUGGUUUGAUGAUGUUGAUCCAGACGAUAUUGAAGCAGCAAUAGGACCUGAAGCAGCGAAAGUUGCUAGAAGAAAAAUGGGAAUUGAAGACAAACCACAGUUGUCUGUGGAACAGGUGCUGGUUAAAGAAAAGGCUUUUGCAGGGCUGACAAAAGCUGUAGCUAUGGACUGUGAAAUGGUGGGAGUGGGACCCCAGGGUGAAGACAGCAUCUUGGCUCGUGUAUCCAUUGUGAACCAAUUUGGAAAGUGCAUUUAUGACAAACAUGUUAAGCCUACAGAAAAAGUGACUGAUUACAGGACAGCUGUUAGUGGGAUUCGGCCCAAGGACCUAAAGAAAGGAGAGGAGUUUAAAAGUGUCCAGAAGGAGGUAGCUGAUAUCCUGAAAGGAAGGAUUUUAGUUGGGCAUGCUGUCCACAAUGACUUAAAGAUCCUGUUUCUUGAUCAUCCUAAAAAGAAAAUUAGGGAUACACAAAGAUACAAACCUUUCAGAAAGGAAGUCAAAAGUGGACGUCCAUCUCUGAAACUGCUUUGUGAGAAACUGCUGAAUGUGAAAGUGCAGACAUCGGAGCACUGUUCAAUUCAGGAUGCACAGGCAGCUAUGAGACUAUACACUCUAGUGAAAAAGCAGUGGGAAGCAAAUAUCAAUGCGAAAUCUAAACGCAAAUGUGUGGCCUAAUUCUGAAACCUAUACUAUCACCAGUAACUCCUUUGUACAACAAUGGUGAGCAAAGAUUGCAGGAUUGGAUCCUAAGACUAUAAACAUAAUUGUCUAAAAAUAAAAAUGCUAAAAGGUAAUGGGGACUGGAACACUGCUUCUCACAGCACCCAGUGGCCAGGAAUGGUGAUCCAUAGCCAAUGGAAGGUUCAAAUGCCUGUACCUGUGAAGAUGCAAGUAAAUACAGUGAUGGCCCACCGCCAAGAAAUAACCCUAGCAAGCUAGAUCUGGCCUAUGGGUUAUUUGCCCACUGCUGAGCUAGCCUCUAAAAAGUCUUGAUUGGAGGAAGAGAGAAAAAAUGAGGGGGAAAGAUCACUCUUGGGUUUU